UGUCUCUUGUCAUUCUGUCCCUCAUCCAGUCCAGCCGUUGGUUGAGGCCUUAUUCUAGCGCCUUCCUCCUCCAGCCACUAUGUCGGGCUUCAAUCUGCUGCAUCUAAUAACCAAGAGUCCGCCCGUAUCUCUGCGGUCCUGCAGUCUCCCCUCAGGAGCUUGCAGGACUAAGAAGACAUGGCCAGUGAGUUACUCCAAGGAGGAACUGACGAAACGCCUCACCCCAAAGCAGUACCAUGUCACCCAGGAGAGAGGCACCGAGAGCGCCUUCACUGGGGAGUUCACCGACCAUAAAGCCGAGGGGACGUAUCACUGCGUGGUCUGUGGGGCCCCUCUCUUCAGCUCGCAGUCUAAAUUUGACUCAGGAUCAGGUUGGCCAUCCUUCUUCGAUCUCCUGAAGGACGAGUCCAUCGCUCUGUCUGAUGACUUCUCCUACGGCCUGCACAGAGUAGAGACCACCUGCAGUCAGUGCGGCGCCCAUCUGGGUCACCUGUUCGACGACGGCCCCAAACCUACGGGAAAGCGCUACUGCAUUAACUCCGCCUCUUUGGCGUUCCAGCCCAAAGAGACGUCAGAGGGAGCCUCAGGAGGCGCUGAGCCGGCCGCGAAGCAAGAACUUUAGAAGAACCCAGGAGCUGUGGCUGCGGGAAGCGAAGAAAGAAAGAUGCUGCUUUUAUUUUUGUUGUGCAGAGAGAGCGUGGCUAGCAGCGGUAAAGUUAGCACACCCAGCUAAAGGGCCAUGGUUCCAUUCCCAGGAUCCUUUAGUGAUUUUUAAACAGGAAGCAUUGGAUGCCGUCAGCAAUCAUCUUUAGGACAGGUUAAGGCGCUGAAGGUUUUUGUUGCCAUGGCAACCACCUGCCACAGCUAUAUGUAGCUUUUUUCUUAUUUAGCCUAGGAGGAGGAUUUGCAUGUUUGAUUUCUAUUCUAUAAGCAGACUGAAUUCAGUCUUUGUUUUCCUCUGGUUUCACUGAAAGGAUGAUGAUGAUGAUGAUGAUGAUGAUGAUGAUGAUGAUGAUGAUGAUGAUGAUGAUGAUGGUCACUGAGAAGUGAGGACAUCUAUGCAACUGUUUGUUUUCUGACUGUUUCCUCCAUCUUUCAGGUCAAACAUAUCCAGUUGUUUGGUUUUGAUUUGCUUCUACUUUAUAUCUGCAGUGUGUCUGAAAACCAUGUUGAAUAAAAAGUAUUUAAAAGGA